AUGAGUAACGAUUUACUGGCCAACCUGAAUGCAUUCAAGAGCAAGAUAAAGACAGCGCCGGUGAUCACGACAAGGAGGAAGGUUGUGGCACACCAGGACUCGGGCUCGCACAGCGGUGGGGCGAGGCAGUCGAAGGCCAUGAAGCGCGAGACGCCGCGGGAUGGGGGCGAUCAGGGCGCGGGGCAGCCGUCGGCGGCGAAGAAGAUGAAGUUGGGGACGGCCUCGCCGCAGAAGGCGGCGGUACCCAGCCGCUCCGAAAACGGAGCUCUAGACUCCACCCACUUGUCGACAAAGAUGCUUAUAGCGACGGAGUACAUUCAGGAGCGUGCGGAGCCCGUACCGAUAGACCAGAUUGAGUCGUACUUGUCGUUGCCGAAGGACAACAGCGUCAUUCCGAUGCUCAAGGGUCUUGCCAAGUUCAAGUUCGAUCCCAAGAAAAACACGCUACAGUACGUCUCCAUCUAUGAUGUGCAUUCUGCCGAGGAGCUCUUGAAGCUGACGCGCACGCAGGUGACUUUCAAGGGCAUCUCAUGCAAGGAACUCAAGGACGGGUGGCCGCAGUGCUUCGAGGUCAUCGAUGAGUUGGAGAAGAAAAACCGCAUACUAGUGUCGCGCACCAAGAAAGACAACUCGCCGCGAUUUGUGUGGUACAACUUCGGCGGCCCGCUCGGAGAGAUCGACGAGGAUUUCGUCAAGAUGUGGGAGAACUGUAAGUUGCCGCAGCGGUCGGAACUCCCCCGGAAGCUUCAGGAUUUGGGGCUCAAACCUGCCAGUGUGGAUCCUGCCACCAUCAAGAAACAGGGCAGCACACGCGUGGAGGCCAAGAAACGCAAACAGAGAAAGGGAAAGAUUACCAACACACACAUGGCUGGUAUUUUGAAGGAUUACUCGGACAGGGUGUAA